AUGAAGUUUAAAAGUCGGUUUUAGAUUCUAAACCGUUGAACAGAACCCAGACCUCUCAGGAGCUGCAAGGACUUUUCGUGGCUGCAAGAACCAAAUACUUGGAAACAACCUGGAAAACGUCUGGAAAACUGACACUACAUUGCUGCAAAAGCUGAAAUAUUGUGGAAAACUUUUAUUCACACAACCAGAAUAAGAUGUCAGGAGAAAUGGGAGAAGAGGUUUGCAGGCAUUUAAAGUUGCCCCUGGUGACCCCCGAAUCCCUUGAGAAAGUCAUCGGCCCCUAUGUGCAAGAUAUUUCACACAAGGAGUGGAUGUCUCUGGAUGCCUGUGAUAAUGGAUCAGAAGUGGGCAUUCUGCUGUUCGACAUGUGUCGUGCAGUAAUAGGUGAAAUUAGCGCCUUGGUCCUGGAGGAUGUGGAGCCUCAGGUUCUUGCCUCGGACCACUAUCAUUUAUGUGGCGAUGAUGAAACUGUGCAGGGCGGGUGCAGUCACUGCAGAGUGACGGAGCAGGACAUUCAAGCCUGCUUUAGGAACAGCCUUCAUCGCUAUUUUAGUGAAGCCCUGAACAUAGCAGAGCAAAGCUCCCACAGCUUGGAUCACUUAGUGAGAUUGUUCUCAGCACCGAUUACUAAAAGUGUAAACUCAUCGCUGGCUCAGCUCACAUGGUCAGCUCUUUCCUCUGACAUUUAUUCCUCGCCAUCAGCAGAAUGCAUUUUACAAAUGGUCCAUAUCAUAGGGAAAAUGUUUAAAUCCAUGUUGGAUGGCCGUGAAAGAAUGGAGGACGGGUCAUGUGACAAGGUGGCAUGCCCGCGCUGUAACUGCGAGGAGUGCUGGUGUUCUGACCCCGAGGACGCUGAACACGUCGAGCAGGACAGCACAGAAAUGUUAGGAUUAAGUGACUGUUCAUCAGAGAGUUCAGACUGCAUGGAGGAUUUGGAUCCUGAACCAGCUCCACAGCAUUCUGAUCACUCAGAAUCACAUCACUUCACAAGUGCUUCAUCACAUCCUCCCUGUCCUGAGUACCUGAUCAACGGGACCUUUGUUACUGUGGUUCUUGCCAAGUUGGUUGACCACAUUGCUGCUAACACCAGAUCAUCCAUAUUAAACGUGGAUCUUGAUCAGUUAGUGUACGGUGUUACAAGGAGGACCGAGGGCAUGCUGAAAUUUGCUCUCCCACAAAGGGUUCAAAGCCUGCACAUCGCCAUCUACAAAAAACUGUGCCAGAUAUUUGGAUCAAAAUAUGUGCUGCAGGCUCUGAUGGAAGCAGGUGAUGAAGAAUUUGAGUUAGCGGUUUCUAAGACUUUGAUAUCAGUGCUCAAAAAGUCUAAGACCUCUAAGAAGACUUUCAAUCCCGAGACCCUUUCUCCAGUUCCUGAGAGUCAGACACCAGAACCUCAGAGUGGAGAAUGGAGUGGAAAAGCUUCUCCAGUGUGUGAGAUUCAAACUCCAGAGCCUGACGGUGAAGAAUGGAGUGGAAAAGCUUCUCCACUUCCUGAGAUUCAAACUCCAGAGCCUGACGGUGAAGACUGGAGUGGAAAAGCUUCUCCGGUUCCUGAGAUUGAAACUCCAGAACCUGACGGUGAAGACUGGAGUGGAAAAGCUUCUCCGGUUCCUGAGAGUGAAACUCCAGAACCUGACGGUGAAGACUGGAGUGGAAAAGCUUCUCCGGUUCCUGAGAUUCAAACUCCAGAGCCUGACGGUGAAGACUGGAGUGGAAAAGCUUCUCCGGUUCCUGAGGGUGAAACUCCAGAACCUGACGGUGAAGACUGGAGUGGAAAAGCUUCUCCGGUUCCUGAGAAUCAGACAUCGGAAGCUCAGAGAGAAGAAAAGAGAGAACAAACAUCGCCCUCACGUCCAAAAAGAUCACUGGGCAGAACUAUCAGGAAGAAGCUUUCACGCUUGACUUCUCGUGUUGUGAAUUUCUUUAAUGACGGCCUGGACAGUGAAAUUCACAGACUUGACUUUACAGUCACAUCUCCGGUUUGGACAAACCCUCUUCUUUAGUGUCCAAAACAGUUUUACACUUUCUGAGUGAGAGUACCAACUUUUCUCACCCCCCAACCAGUCGCGGCAGAUGACUGCCCCUCCCUGAGCCCGGUUCUGCCGGAGGUUUCUUCCUGUUUAAGGGAGUUUUUCCUUCCCACUGUCGCCAAGUGCUUGCUCACAGGGGGUCGUUUUGAUUGUUGGGGUUUUUUCUUAUAUUGUGGGGUCCUUUGCCUGACAAUAUAAAGGUUUAAUUUGAUGCACACAGUACCAGUGACUGGUACUGUGUGUAUAUAUAGCAUCACAUUGAACCAUAAGCACUGCUGUAUUUCUGUGGGGCUCACUGGAGGAAGGCUGGGGGGUAUUUUACUUCCUCAGCCUCUCUCUGGUGUUCAGUCUGCAUGUUCUCCCCAUGAU